GUAGCAAGCAUGUUUGGCCAUACGCUGCUAAUACACGCGACAGACUACCGCUACCAUGGCCCGUAUUGGAUGCAUGCUGUUGGGUGCCGUUCUGAUUGGCACGGUGGCUGGACAGUGUCCUACUGUGCCGAUUAACUUCCCGGCGAAGCCCCUGGAUACCCAACGGGCAGUUGGACUGUGGUAUGAAUACCAUCAUCAAGACAAUUACCCGUAUACACCUUACAAUGCGGCCAACGAUCCCACCGAUUACAAUCUGAGCCUGAAUGCCACCAUUAUUGGAGCGUUUCCGUCGCCAUCCGGGGGCCCAAUUUCCUACUAUUCCACCUGGCUGUAUAGCAGCCUGGAUGCCACGACAUCGGCAUGCAACGGCAUGUGGCAACAGGGGAAUUUCACAUCCGACGGCCGACGACAGGUUAUGUUCCAGUUCGCCACCACUCCUGGCAUGGAUGCAAUCACCAAUGUCACCUACGUGAACCUCUUCACCGACUACAACCUCGUCCAGGUUCUGUACCGGUGCAAUAAGCCCAACGCCGACGGGAAGAAGUGCGACGAGCCCUACACUUGGGUACACACCCGCGUUAAACCCCCGUUGCUGACUACUUUUCAAAAGCAGUACAUUGAAGCCGUCGCCAACUAUUACAUCACACCCAUCGCCUGCGGGCAGUACAAAUUCGCCGACAUGAUGCCGAGCAAAUGGGACCUCACCAAGACCACGCCCUGCAACGCCGCACUGGACCAACCGCCCAUGUCCGCAGCGUUCAAGGCGCUGUUCCCUAAGGGGCAGACGUUUUUCCCCAGCAGCUAGAGAAAAAUGGGAUAACAGCCAAUCUGUUCGGCUUUGUUAACUGACAUGCACAGAUGAUGAGAAACAUAACUGGAAACCAAAAUUGGCUAAAAUAAAACAUCAGGCCACAGUAUCGCUUUGUGAUACUACGGUACAUUCUA